AGCUUUUUAAUUAAGAUGAAUCCCAGCUGGUGGCGACGACGCACCAAGCUGGAGCGUGGCCUGCUCGUUUUGAGUAGUAUUCUGUUCCUAGUUGCAGCAAGUAGCUUCGGUCUUUGGGCAUUCGAUGUACUCAGAGCAGAAGGCGCUGGCACAGACCCUGAUCUGGCGGAGGCUCCACCACAAGCAACUGCAUUGCAUGGCGAUAGCACCACUAUGAACAAGGUACCCGGCAUGGAGAACAAGGAAAAGCCAGCGGGGGAGAAUGUUUGCCUGACCAAAGAGUGCAUACACACUGCAUCCACGGUGCUGCGUAAGAUCAAGCCCGAAGUGGAGCCUUGCGAUAAUUUCUAUGAGUUUGCUUGCGGUAGCUAUAUCGAGGAGGAGAACAUUCCUGAUGACAAGGUCUCAAUCAGUACAUUCUCUGUUAUCUCGGACAAGCUGCAGGAGCAGCUUAAGGACAUCAUCACCGCUGAGCGACCAGCCACAGACUUCAAGCAUUUCCGGUUGCCCAACCUGCUCUAUAAGGCCUGCAUGAACAAGACGCUCAUUGAAUCAUUGGGUGCCACGCCCAUAGCCAAAAUAGCCAAGUCCUUAGGCGGCUGGCCAUUGAUUGAGGGGGAUAGCUGGAAUAAGGAUGACACCUGGACCUGGCAGGAGCAGGUGAAGAAAUUCCGCAAGGCGGGCUUUAGCAUGGACUACAUCAUUGACUUCUCCAUUGGAGUGGAUCUCCAGAACAGCACGAAACGUAUUAUGGACCUGGAUCAGUCAGCGCUAGCUCUGAGUCGCGAAUACCUGGUUAAAGGCAUGAAUGAGACACUGGUUCAAGCCUACUAUGACUACAUGGUGGAUAUUGCGGUGCUCUUUGGUGCGGAUAAGGAUCAGGCUAAGGAACAGCUUCUGCAGUCUCUCGAAUUCGAAAUGGCAUUAGCUAACAUUUCCCUGCCCAAUGAGAAGCGCCGCAACUCCUCGGAGUUGUUUAAUCCUCGCACCACACAACAACUGCAGGCAGCUUAUCCAUACGUUCAGUGGGUAGAUUAUAUGAACGCGUUGUUGCCCGAUGGGCUGUCCGUGCAGGAUGAUGAGAUUAUCAAUUUGACCGUGCCAUCAUUCUUCGAAGAGCUGGGAAAACUACUGGCCAAAACACCAAAUCGUGUAAUUGCCAACUACAUGAUGUGGCGCAUACACGGCUUUUCAAUUGGCUUUCUGAGCGAGGAAUUCAGAAAACGCCAGCUGCAAUAUAUAACCGCUCUAUCCGGUCGCCAGGAGCAGGAGGCACGCUGGAAGGAAUGUGUUGAUAUUGCCUCCGGCAGUGAACGGAACGAUCUCGAAUCAGAUGUUGAUAGCCUCGGAAUAUCGGUUGGUUCUCUCUAUGUACGCAAACACUUCAAUCAGGACUCGAAAGCGAACGCCUUGGAAAUGGUUAACGAUAUACGCAUGGUAUUCAGCGAUAUUUUAGAUGAGGUUAACUGGAUGGACGAGAAAACCAAGAAAGAGGCCAAGCUGAAGUUGCACAGCAUGGCCACCCACAUAGGCUACCCUGAUGAGAUGCUGGACAACGAAAAACUGGCCAAAUACUUCGAGAAACUUGACAUCAACCCUGAUGCAUAUUUCGAAUCGUUUUUGAACAUGAACAUCUUCGGGACUGACUAUUCCUUUAACAAGCUGCGUCAGCCAGUUAACAAAACAGAGUGGGUGCGUCAUGCCCGCCCAGCUGUUGUGAAUGCCUUCUAUUCGUCGUUGGAGAACAGCAUACAGUUCCCGGCUGGCAUACUGCAGGGUCACUUCUUUAAUGCCCAGCGACCCAAGUAUAUGAAUUUCGGAGCAAUUGGCUAUGUCAUUGGCCACGAAAUCACUCAUGGAUUCGAUGAUCAGGGUCGCCAGUUCGACGUGAAGGGCAAUUUGCGUGACUGGUGGCAGCCGGACACUCAGAAGGCCUAUCUGAAGAAAGCCCAAUGCAUUAUUGAUCAGUACGGCAACUAUACAGAGCGAGCGACGGGCUUGAAUUUAAAUGGAAUAAAUACACAGGGUGAAAAUAUAGCCGAUAAUGGUGGAGUAAAAGAGUCCUACAUCGCAUAUAAGCGCUGGGUAGAGAAGCACGGUGAGGAACCAAAACUCCCCGGCUUGGACUACACGCCACAGCAAAUGUUCUGGAUCUCAGCAGGUCAAACCUGGUGUGCUAAAUAUCGUAAAGAAUCUCUAAAAAUGAGAAUCACAACAGGUGUGCACUCACCGUCGGAAUUCCGUGUACUCGGUUCGCUGAGCAAUAUGAAGGACUUCGCCAAGGACUUUCAAUGCCCUGAGGGCUCGCCGAUGAAUCCUGUGCAAAAAUGUGAAGUGUGGUAGAAACUACCAAUAGAUUGAUUGUAUUCCCAUUA